UCUCGCUCGCUAGCUCUUCUACCACCUUCCUCCUCUCUUAUCCAUCUCUUUCAGCUUCAUUGUUCCUUCCUUCCUCACUGAUCCAUGAGUGCAUCUCCACCAGUUUCACGCCACAGAUAGAUCUACUAAAUCUCAAUUGAUGGGCUCUGAAGGCGAGGAGAUGGGCCAGAAGGAGAAAGAAGAGGGGACGUGGAAGAGACCCUCCUCCUCUGUUCAUCCUAUGUUCUCCGCACAGCUGCUCCCUCAGCUGCUGUGCGUCAGCCCACUUCCCUUCUUCCUUUAGAACUCGGUAAGACGAGUUGUACAGUUAAAGAGACUCUGCUUGCUUGUCGAGAACAAGCUAAAGAUCUUCUGAAACCACCAACUCAGUUCGGGAUUGUCAUGAAGAGAUCACUCAGUUACUCGGAUCAUCUGAUCCCUACUGGAGAAGAGAGGACCACGUUCACGUCGUUCAUGGACGGGCUCGAGGAGGAUGAGAGCCCGGAAGAGGAGAUGUACGGUGGCGGAGGGCGCGGGGCGAAGAAGCGGCGGCUGAGCGCGGAGCAGGUGAGAGCGCUGGAGAAGAAUUUUGAGGUGGACAACAAGCUGGAGCCAGAGCGGAAGGUGAGGCUGGCGCAGGAGCUCGGCCUCCAGCCGCGGCAGGUCGCCGUUUGGUUUCAGAACCGCCGCGCGCGGUGGAAGACCAAGCAGCUGGAACACGACUAUGCCGCACUCAAGGCCAGCCACGACGUGCUCCGCCUCGACUGCGACGCCCUCCUCCGCGACAAGGACUCCUUGCUCGCAGAGAUCAAAGAGCUGAAGGCCAAGUUGGCAGAGGAAGAUCCAUCAGCGCCGGCGGCCGACAAAAAGGCGAUUGCGGGUACGGAUGAACCCCCUCCUCCGUCUCUGGCGUUCAAGAACAGGUCGUCGGACAGCGACUCGAGCGCUAUCCUGAACGACGCCGUACUCAACGACGAGGACAGCCCGCGGGGAUUUUCGUCAUCUGCGUCGGCCACCAACAUGCUAUCGGUCGGCAUCGGCGCCACCUUCCCGGAUUCGCCGCCGCCCCUCCCUCUUCUGAACCUGGAUUCGAGGACAAUGAAAUCAAUCGGCGUAGGCGGCGGGAUUUACUAUUACCAGAAUCACCCGAUGAAGAUGGAAGAGCUACUGGAGGGAGAGGAGGAGCACUGCCAUGGCUUCUUCGCCGACGAGCCGACGCCAGGUCUCAAUUGGUUGUACUGGAAUUGAGCCGCUAGCGAAAACGACGGCGAGGGUAAUUAUCAUAAUCAAUAAUUAGUAUGGAGCAUGCUCUACGGAAUUAUUUUUGUAAAAUCAAAUAUGUAUGUAUCAUCAUGUUAUCUUAAAUUCUAAUGGCGCAAGUAAUUAAUAAUUUAGCACAAAAA